GCGGGCGGAGUGUGUGUGUGUGUUUCACUUUCUGUUCCUUGAAAAUGUCGGUUGAAGUGUAAGUGCACUGGACACCUGCGGACGAGAAAAUAAAAAGGAAGCUGAGGACAGAUGUACAAGAUGGAGGGAGAAGGUCGAACUGUGAUUGUGUGUGGCGUGCCAACUGACAUUGAGGAGAAACGACUGACAGACAAGCUCUGGAUCCACUUCCUGAGGAAAAGGCACGGAGGAGGGGAGAUCUCUUCCAUCACUCUGCCCAAGUCUGUGACAGGCUGUGCCCUCAUCACUUUUGAACACAGUGAAGUGGCUCAGAGAGUGAUCCAAUAUGGGAAGCACAUUUUAUCGGUGGAUGACAAGAAGUUUGAACUUACUGUGAGUUUGUUCUGCAAAGAAGUGGACCCAGAUGAGGUCUUCCUGUGCAUUGCAGUGACAGUAGACUAUAGUCGACUGCCCCUGGGUAAGGUGGCUAUUUCCAGCUUGAAGCAGUGCUUCCCUGAUGUACACUUCAGCUUCAUGGCGCGGGAAGAACUCUGUGACAUAAAGGGCCGCUACUCUGAGGUCCAGGCUCUGAUCAGCCAUCUUCUGAACCUGAUUGAUCCACAGGCCUCUGCAGCCACCCGUCAGCCAGAAGGCACAGAAGACAGAGUGGAUGCCCUUUCACUAAGAGAGAAAAGCAGUUCUGCCAUAGAGCCAGUUUACCAUUCCAAGAGCAAUGAGAGACAGAUAGACACUGAGUAUGCAGGACAAGCUUUAACAGAGAAAAGCAGUUCUGCCAUAGAGCCAGUUUACCAUUCCAAGAGCAGUGAGCGACAGAUAGACACUGAGUAUGCAGGACAAGCUUUAACAGAGAAAAGCAGUUCUGCCAUAGAGCCAGUUUACCAUUCCAAGAGCAGUGAGAGACAGAUAGACACUGAGUAUGCAGGACAAGCUUUAACACAGGAUCUGAAAAGUUUGGGGAACUCUGAAAGGAGUCACUACUCUGACCAUGCACUGGAGUACAACAGAGAAGAAGAAGAUGGUGCAGACUCCCUGUUGCAAGAGGCUCCACUGGAGGAAUAUUUCCUGGUCAUGGACUCAGACAUUUACCGAUACCUACAGAAGCACUGUAGAGAGCACUACCAGCACAUCUUGAACCAACACAGGGUAGAAGCAGUGGACCUCUGCACCCAGGAUAUCACCACUGUCUACCUACAGGCAAAACCAGGGUAUCCAGAGCAGGAGGUGAAGCGAGUGCAGAGAGUACACGAGGAACUGGGAUGGUUAUACCAACUGAAAGAGGCCCAGCUACGGAAAGAGCAGCUACCUAAGGAAGGCAUCACCACAGAGGGUCUCCAGCAGGCCUUUAAGGCCUUGCAGCAGAGACUGCCAAAAAUACUGCUCAGUGAUGACAUGGUGAACAUCUACAUUGUUGGAAGUGGCAGUGAUGUCUCUGAGGCUAAGCAGUUCCUCUUGGAUAUGCAAGGUACAGAGGGUGGAUCCACACUGGAAAGAGCUGGCUACACCAGGCCUUUAGUUGCAAAUGAGAGUGACUCCCUGUUUCUGCAUUCUACAUCAGAUUUCAGUACAACUGAUACAGUGCAUAAGCCACAUAGAAAACAUAAAAUGGAAGCAGGCAAGGAGUACAAGAUAGCUGCUAAGUUCAUGGAAGCAGGGAGUAAGACCACUGGGAAUAAUGAAAUUGGAUAUGGCAUGGGAGACACGACAGAACCUGGGGAUAAACAGAAAGACUUAUUAUUUGCAACAUCCAAGAAGAAAUUAGACAGUGGUUACAAGCUGGGCAGUGGGCCAGUGUUCGGGUCGGGGAGUCUUGGUGUUAGGGAAAACAGUCUGUGGGACAACCAAGGACAAAAUCAGACUGAGAAUGACUUGCUCUUUGGAAGGUCUGGCCCUCAUUACACCACCUCCAAGGAAGGCAAACACCUAUCAAACAUGGUACCUACAAGUGCUGUACUGCCUAAUAAACCUAUGCAGUUUAGUAACAUGCAGGGCACUGUGCAACACAUGGACUUGUUUGGAAACAAAGUGGCCCAGACUGUUGAGAUCCCAUCAUCAGGGCUAACAACUCAAUCCAAGCUGAGACGGGUUAACAGCUUCUCUGGCCAGGGCAGGGCCACACAGGAUUUGAAGGAUAGCACCACUCCUGUAGGCAGUCAAGGGAAGACAAACAGAGUUAGAACCAGCAGCUUCAGCAAUAGUGUAGCUGACACACUGGAAAUCUAUAGUGUGGAGGUGGUGGUUCGUCUAACUGUUUGGUUGUACAUGAAGGACUGCUACAAAACUCACAUAGAGAACCUGACUACUGGCUUAAAUGUGAAGGAAUGCAAAUCAGGAAGUACCAUUACUAUCUGCCUCAAGGGGGCAGACUCAUCAAGAGUAGAUCUCUGCCAGCAGGCGCUACGAAAUCUGAUUGCCAAAGUCACGACAGACUUUUGUACAGAAGAGUUGUCACUGGCAACGUUGGGAGUGACUAACCCUAAGGAUGAAACCCUAGAGCUGAGUUGCAUAGAGUUGCAGAAUAAGUUUGAGAAGAUAAUGAUUUUGCGAAUGAGUAAGAGUGUUUUCAUCAUGGGGCCUGAUCAGCUGUGUGGGCAGGUUGUUACAAAACUGAUGGAGAUCUUCUGCAAUGGUCUACAGAGAAAGAAGGAGAUGGGGGAAAGCCUAGAUGGCUCCUGUCUCUUACUUGAAAACAUACCACAGAUGCCAACAUAUAAUAUGAACGACCCAGAGACUGCCUCAGGAGGCCACAACCUGCUAAAAGAUGACAUGACCCAAACCUCUGGGCUCAUAUCUGUAGAUAGCCGACAAUAUAGCAGAGACACAAAAAUGGACAGAGAGCUGGAGUCCAAGAGCAGAAGGAAAGACAACCCUCAGGGUAAUUACUCUAGCCAGAAGGAAAAGAAACAUGACAGUAGAGCAAUGAGGGAAGGAGGAAACCAAUCAGUGGAAAAGAAAGAUCCAGUGUUCAAACAUAAGCUGGGGUUGGAGUGGACUAUGAGCAGGGAAAACCUUGAAUCUGACACAUCACUGACCGAACCAACAGUAGCAGGCUGGAGAGUGAAUGUUCCGAAAGACAGUGGACCAACUUCUUUGCCAAAUUUAGCUUAUACCAUUGAGAAGGCGGUAGCACCUAAUAAAGACAGCAACCCAAAACCUCACAACAUUAUCACACAGGAGAGACAUAUUCCCCCAGGCCCCGAUGGAUUAGAGAGCCCAGAGGGAGAAUAUCCCAAAGGCCAGGGUGCCACUGUGUCAGAGGAGAUACCAGGCAAAAACAAGACCCAAGAAGAUGAACUAGCCUGUCUGUGUGGGGGCAGCAGGAGCUCUGUAUCAAGAAUGGCGUGUGGAAAUGCUUACUGCCCCCAGUGUCUAUGUGAGCAUGCCUCCUGUGAGGUCUGCCACAAAGCUGAGGAAGUCAGGGGCAUAAAGGGUACCAUGAGCUUCGGUGAGAUUUUCAUGAACCUUCCUGGGCACAUUAAGGAUACGACUCUAAAGCUCACCUACAACAUUCCUGAUGGCAUUCAAGGGGAAGACCACCCCAACCCUGGAGCUCCUUUCAAAGGGGGCGUCUUUGAAGCUUUCCUGCCACUCAACAAGCAGACAAAGAGGCUGGUGCCACUGCUAAAGAGGGCAUUCAAUGAGGGUCUGACCUUCACUGUCACAGAAGGCCACAAGGGUGGAAGGGUGACCUGGGGAUGCAUCCCACACAAGACUAAGAUGGAUGGAGGGAAGUCUGUGAAUGGUUACCCAGACUCCAGCUAUAUCAGACGCUUGACUGAAGCACUGAAACCCCUUGACACUGAAGAAGAUAGAGAUACUGCAAAAGACAAGAUCAAUAGCUAAAGUCUGUGGCAGUCAGAUUGACCUUGCUCACAAUGUACUGUACAGUUUUAUAUAAUCAUAUAUUUUAUACAUAAAUCAUAAACAUACAUACAUACAUACAUACAUUUUAAUCAUAAAAUAAAUAUGUAUCUUCUUUUCUGACAGUGUCAGUCUUUGCACUUACAAAUGCUAGCAGUCAUUGGUUUGCUUACAUUAAUUUUCAUGUAAUUAUUUUUCCUUUGGCUACAGACAGUUGUAAUGAAUAAUUAUUUGUUAAAAAUAGGAAAAACAUUUUAUACUUGAUUACAAAAUGGUGAUUAAAAUGGUUGUUGUUCUCAUCAUUCUCUUUGGAUCCAUCAGCAACUUGGAUGUCAGUUCAUAGAAAUUGUGGAAAUGUUAGUUAUACUCUUUCUAAUUUUAUGCUAAAUACACGCUCACUGGUUUUGAUUUUGUGUGAUGUCAGUUAUGGGAGGUCUAACUAAUCUCUCACAUAAACAUACAUAUGUACACUUACUAUUUUAUUUUGGGAAAGUUACUAACACCAUGAUAAAACACUCAGCAUUUGAUUAUAUUAAUGUGGGCAAUAAUCAGGUACCUGUAUCAGAUUGUUUUCAAAAUUGCUUAAUAAAAUCAAAUUGUGUUGAAAAUGAACAUUUGGGACAAUUUUGGCAUCGUGACUUACACAACUGGGUUUAUCUUGUCUAAAAGGUAAAUCUUUAAUAAAUGUUUGUACCUAUCUUCUUGUGUUUCUUGUUAUAUAGAAACAAAUGCAAUGUACCUGUACAUCUACACACUAUUCCACUGCUGUAUAAAAACUGAAUUACAGCAGAAAUAAAUCAUAUACUAUUCA